AAAAGAAUCCAAAUUCUCUCUUCAUUAUUCACCCCCUUUCUUCCCCAAAAAACCCCCAAUUGCAGAGAGCGAGUCACUAGACUCGCCAAAUUGAUAACUUUAUAGCAAAAUUCAAUUGCUUCGACACUACUACCUUGUCGGCUCUCUUUCAGAAAGUUCAGUUUUGCCCCAUUUUUAGCAUUCUGUAGUUGGAAUUACCCUUUAUCCAGUAGCAGCUGGGAGGCACCUUGCUGGCGAAUUGGACCGACAUGGGAAAACAGCUCUUGUAGAAGAGGAAAACUUGGGAGUUACAUUUCAGAAAGCUUGAAACAAGAAUCUGAUCAAACCAAUUUGAGUGGGUUCUUGAAAACAAGCUGGCCGAAUCAUACUGUAUAUAAAUUGUCAUGCUGAAUGCUACUUCCAACUGGUGGGGGUGGGAUGAAUUCUACAAUGGAUGACAUGAACUUAAUCCAUCAGGCUCAGAGGCAUCAUCUUGUAGUGAGAGAGAUAGGAGAAGAGAUUGAUUUGGAAAUAGGACCUGGGGAUGAUGACCCUUCAUUUAGUAAUAAUACUUUGAUUAAUGUUCCACCACAAGAAUCUGCAGCCGAAGACCAUGAUGAGAGCAAGCAGAUGAUGAUUCAUCAGGCUUCCGGUGGGAAUCAGGACUUGUUGAAGACGCAACCAGCGAAAAAGAAAAAGAAGGUCGUUAAAAGAUGGAGAGAGGAGUGGGCAGAUACGUAUAAAUGGGCAUAUGUUGAUGUGAAAGAUGGCACAGCAAGGAUAUUUUGCUCUGUUUGCAGAGAAUAUGGUAGGAAGCAUAGGAGGAAUCCAUAUGGAAAUGAAGGCAGCCGAAACAUGCAGAUGAGUGCUCUGGAGGAGCAUAAUAAUAGUUUACUUCACAAAGAAGCUCUUCGUCUCCAAAUGGCAUCCAAAGAUAAGAUUGUUGUUGAUAAACCUUUGUAUGUUAAAGCUCUUAUGUCAAAAACGGCUGGAUCGAUUAUUGAAGCUGCACUGAAAAGGGAUCCUCAUGAGCUAGAAUUCAUACAGUCUGUUCAAGAAGCGAUUCACGCUUUAGAAAGAGUCAUUUCAAAGAACUCAAGUUAUGUAAGCACCAUGGAGCGGUUAUUAGAACCUGAGCGCACAAUUGUUUUUCGAGUGCCGUGGGUUGAUGAUAGGGGUGAGACGCAUGUGAACCGAGGGUUUCGGGUUCAUUUUAAUCAGACUCUAGGUCCGUGCAGGGGUGGUCUCCGGUUCCAUCCAUCAAUGAACCUGAGUAUUGCCAAAUUUCUUAGCUUUGGACAGACUUUGAAAAAUGCCUUGUCGCCUUACCGACUUGGGGGUUCUUCAGGUGGAAGUGAUUUUGAUCCUAAAAGCAAAAGUGAUGGUGAGGUUAUGCGAUUUUGUCAGAGUUUUAUGAAUGAACUGUAUCGUUAUUUGGGUCCUGAAAAGGAUCUUCCUUCGGAGGAGAUGGGUGUUGGUACUCGAGAAAUGGGCUUUUUGCAUGGACAAUAUCGCCGACUGGCGGGUCAUUCACAGGGAAGUUUUACAGGACCUAGAGUAAAUUGGUCAGGCUCCAGUCUUCGAACUGAGGCUACUGGCUACGGAUUGGUUUUCUUUGCACAGCUUAUGCUUGCAGACAUGAACAAAGAACUAAAAGGAUUAAGGUGUGCAGUUAGCGGUUCUGGAAAGAUUGCAAUGCAUGUCCUAGAGAAGCUUAUUGCUUAUGGGGCCGUUCCCAUCACCGUAUCUGAUGCAAAGGGUUAUCUGGUGGAUGAUGAUGGAUUUGAUUUCUUGAAGAUAUCUUUCCUGAGAGACAUCAAAGCUCAGCAGAGAAGCUUAAGAGACUACUCAAAGACUUAUGCUCGCUCAAAGUACUAUGAUGAAGCUAAGCCUUGGAGUGAAAGGUUUGAUGUUGCAUUCCCCUGUGCCUCACAGAAUGAAAUUAAUCAAUCUGACGCCAUUAACUUGGUUAACUCUGGUUGCCGUAUACUUGUAGAAGGCUCCAAUAUGCCAUGUACUGCUGAAGCAGUAGACGUUUUGAGAAAAGCUAAUGUCCUAGUUGCUCCUUCUAUGGCUGCUGGUGUGGGAGGGGUUGUUGCAGGGGAACUUGAACUGAAAGAGUGCAAUUUGAACUGGUCUCCAGAGGAUUUUGAGUCUAAAUUACAGGAGGCUAUGAAACAGACUUACCAGAGAGCCCUGAAAGCAGCAACUGAUUUUGGUUAUCAAAAGGAAAGUCCAGAGGCAUUGGUCCAUGGAGCAGUGAUCUCUGCUUUCCUAACGAUCGCCAGUGGUAUGGUGGACCAAGGAUGUGUAUAAAAGCUUCAUAUCAUAUCCAAAAUACAUUUUCAUUUGGCAUCAAUAACAAAGAAAGAGCGUCGUUGGUUCCAUCCGCAUUGUCGGGCUACUUUUAUGAUCUUGCACAGUGCUUGGCAGUGUAGAUGGUGAGAGGAAUGUAUGUUUAUCAUUGUAAUGUACAUGUAUUAUGUAGGUAAGCUAUGUCAAAAACAUCGAUAGGAUACCCUUUAUUAUCUAGUUAAGCUAGGUUAUUAUGUUAGCUGGUAAAAUACAAAAGUAACUGUGAAAGCAAAACAAUUGUAUUAUUGAGUUGAUGGGCUUAGUUUUCAGCAAUGAAAUCCUUAUAACUUUGAUAGA